AUGUCCUACAACCAGGCAGACCCAUUCGCAGACAACACCGCCCAUGCUACCCUCGACACCGACCCCUUCGCCGACUCCACCAAAGACCCGUUCACUGCCCAGCCCAACGAAUCCCUCGCCUCGUUCGGUGGCGCAAGCGGAUCAACGACAAAUGCUUAUGGGGACUAUGGAUACGGAGGAGGAUACACUGCUGGUGCGGGGGCGAAUCAGAAGGCGGAUGAACUCAGGAAGAGGGAAGAGGAGCUGGCGAGGCGAGAGCAGGAAUUCGAGAGGAGACAGCAGGAGACAGGAACAUAUGCAAACAACUGGCCACCGCUUUACCCAUUUGUACACUACGAUCCCAGUAUAAUCCAGGACGCCGCCAAGAGGCAGACAAUCACAUUGAUCGGGUACCAAUGGUACGCCCUUGUCGCGACACUCAUCUUGAACUUGUUGGGGUGUAUAUUCUUGUUAAUCUCUGGAAGCUCUGAGGGAGGCGCCGAUAUGGCUAGCUCUGCGAGCUACCUUGUCUUUAUCACCCUUACCUCCUUUAUCCUUUGGUUCCGACCGAUAUAUCUUGGGUACUGCAGGAAUGAAGGAAAGGCUAUGGCCGUCUUUUUCUACAUCUACUUUCUCUUUGCUGGCUUCCACUUGGCGUACUCUGUGUACAUGUUUAUCGGCAUACCUUCUACGGGAUCUGCUGGCCUGAUCAACACCGUCUCCAUGUUUAGCCAAGGACACAUCCUUGCCGCCGUCUUUGGAACAAUCACCAGCGUCGGCUGGGCGUUCCAGGUCGCUGCUGGAGGUUUUCUGUACAAACGCGUAUGGGAUUUCAAGAACGUCAACUCGGAAAUCAGCAUGCAGAAUGCUACCGACCAGCUCAAGUCCAACUCGAUCAAGACUAUCGUUUUGCACCAGAGCCGGUUGUAG